UUCAAAGCUACUCUUUAUCAUAAUAAUUAUAAUGGCCAAGUUAAGUGCUAGAAGCAUGAAGAAGAGUGCUACUAGUAACAGUUUCAGGUUUGUGGUGGAGAAACUAAUUCAUAAGAGUUUGUUAAUGGGGAGCAACAACAAGAAGUCAUCAUCAUCAUCUUGUAAUGAUUGUGUGCCUGAGGAUGUGAAAGAAGGACAUUUUGCAGUGAUUGCUGAGGGUGGUGGUGAUGAUGAGGAAGCUCCAAAGAGGUUGGUGAUGCCACUGAGUUGUUUGAGAAACCCAGCAUUCUUGAGGCUAUUGGAGCAGGCUGAAGAGGAGUAUGGCUUUGACCAUGAAGGUGCACUCACCAUUCCUUGCACCCCUUCUCAACUUCAAAGGAUACUACUUCUUGAACAGCAACAAACUACCAACAACAACAACAACCACCUCUUCAACUUCUCAACUAAUCACCUCCAAUUCAUCAUCUCAUAAUAAAUCCCAUCCAUAUAUAUAAAUAUAUCAAUAAUGUUACUAUAAUAUAAAACAACAUGUGUACUACUUACUCUCUGUGUUACUAGCUACUACUUCAA